UUUAACCCUUAACUUGGUGUUGUAUCUUUUUGGAUACACAAAGUUUGUGAAUUUUUGUACGGAAUCCGAUGUACAAUAUUUUUAUUUUUAUUAUUUGUACACUCUGAUAAAUGUCAUAUCUCCCACGUGAGUACACUCUGAUAACGUUUCUAUGAUGAUUGGGAUUGAUAAUAACUGUUUUUUGUUAUCAUUUUUUGAAAAUUUAAAUUGGAUCAAACUCGUUGACUUCAACUGCUAAGUUCAUCAAAUUGUAAUGUGUUGCUAGAGUCUACUUCACAUAAACUCAGUUAAGAUCCAAAAAAAUGCAACGCCGUAGAGCAGAAAAAAUUUUAACCAUGCUUCCACCAGCUGGUAAAUAUAGUAGUGAAAGUUCUGAUGAUGAUAUAGAAAAUCAUUUAAUUGGAGAAAUAUGUAAUUCACCGUUACCUGCAGAGGCAAUUGAAAACGAUAUAGAUGAACUUCUUAGAGAGAUAGAGUUAAAUCCAUUAGAUGAGUUUUUAGGAGAUUUUGAAGAUGUACAUUCUAUCACAUGUCAUGAUGUUGUUGCUGAUAUAGUGGAAAUAGAAACACCAGUAAAUUAUGAGCCACAUACUUCUACUAUGUCUAACAUAUCUCCACAAGUUAGUAGGAAAACAGUUGCAUCACCUGGAUCUGCAAGAAGGUCUAAACGUUUGUUGAGAAAUUUAAAAACACCUCCAAUUCCAUUACCAAGUAUGUCACCUGAUAUUGAGGAUGUUAGUAUAACUCCUAACCAAAAGAAAAAAAAUAGAAAAGUUGAACAUAUGAAAUUUAAAUGGGUAGAUGGGAAAAAAAUGAACUUUGAAGUUAAUGUUCCUGAGUAUGAAUUUUAUACACAACAAGAGCAUGUACUGACUCCUGUUGAAUAUUUUAAACGGUUUUUUUCUGAUGAUUUAUUUGAAGUUAUUGUAGAACAAACAAAUCUCUAUUCAGUAACAAAAAAUGAUAGGUCAAUUAAUUUAACUGUUAGUGAACUUCAAGAUUUUUUAAGUAUAGAAUUGUGGAUGGGGGUGGCUAAGUUACCAGCCUAUACUGACUACUGGUCUCAUCUAAUGAGUUAUGAAAAAGUUUCAAACAUAAUGCCACUCAAAAAAUAUCAAAAAAUACUUAAAAAUUUACAUUUCAAUAAUAACGACGAGUAUAAUGAAGAAGAUAAAUUUUAUAAGGUAAAACCUAUCAUUGACAUUAUUCGUAGAAAUUGUUUGAACCAAGAACAAGGCAAUCGUUUCUCAAUAGAUGAAAUGAUGGUACCUUAUAAAGGGAAAAAAGCUGGUUCUCGACGGCAAUAUAUUAAAUCAAAACCGAAGAAAUGGGGAUUUAAAUUUUUUGUUCGCUCUGGUAUUAACGGUAUAGUUUAUGAUUUUUUUCCUUAUUGUGGAGAAAAUACAUUUAAUGAUUACCAUUUUAGUGAAUAUGAAAACAAGUUUUUUGGACUUGGACCAAAAGUUAUCCUUGCACUAGUUUCAACAAUACCAGACAAAAUAUUAAGUGUUGUUUAUUUUGACAAUUUUUUUAGCUCUCCUGAAUUGAUCUAUUAUUUGAGAGAAAAAUAUGGCAUAUUGAGUCUAGGAACUGUUCAACAAAAUCGACUUCGAGAAUGUCCAUUAUUGAAUGAAAAAGAAUUAAAAAAACAAGGAAGAGGCAGUUUUAGCUACAAGUGUGACAGAAAAAAAAAGUUCUAACUCUAAAAUGGUUAGAUAACAAACCAGUAUGUUUGAUAAGUUCUUAUAUAUCUGCUGACCCUAUUAAGACCAUAAAAAGAUAUUCUAAAGAAAAGAAAAAUAGAGUUGAUGUACCAAUGCCAAAAAUAGUUGAAGAAUAUAAUACCCACAUGGGCGGUGUUGACUUAUCUGACAUGUUGGUAGCGUUAUAUAGAACAGGACUAAAAACACAUAAAUGGUAUAUGGCUGUAUUUUCCCAAUUACUUGACAUUUGUGUCAAUAAUGCCUGGUUGACAUAUCGAAGAGAUUGUAAUCAAUUAAAAGAAAAAAAGAUUAUGCGCUUAAAAGAGUUUCGAAUACAUGUGGCCAUAGCACUAUCUGCAAAAGAAAAACCUAAAGUGGGUAGAAAAUCUAACAAAAAUAAUCAUAUGGAACAUAUCCAAAAGAUCAGACGAACUGUGAUUCCUAGACCUAUUAGUGAUGUAAAAUUCGAUAGAUUUGAUCAUUUUCCAACGCGUGUAUCAAAAGGUCGAUGUCGCCAUUGUAAAAAAGGCCAAACAGUCUACAUCUGUACAAAAUGUGAUACACGUUUAUGUACACUGAAAAAAAGAGACUGUUUUAAUGAUUUUCAUACUAAAAAAUAAAUUUGUGUUCCUAUGUAUAAGACUGAAAAGUAAAAUUACUUGUCAUUACUUUUUAAUUGUUAUUUUAUUUUAAUUGUUAAUUAGGCAAAAAGAAAUUGCUAUAGAAAUUGGUUAUUUUAUCUAUAUUAUGUUAAUAACUUUAAUUUUGAUUUGUUGAAUUUUUAUUGUAACUGAAUAAUAUCUGUUAUUUUUUUAAUUUUUAUAUGAUUUUUAUUGUUAACUUGGCAAGAAGAACUUGAUGUA